AUGUACGGUUCGAGCAGGUUCACCCUAUUUGAACUGAUUAUUGAAAAGGCCACGACAAAACCGCAGUGCCUUACUUGCCGAAAUAUAGGUGUCUUCAAAGAAAUUGGAUGCACCGUCAAGACAACGCGUGUUGUCAUCCUCCUUCAGUUAAAGUAUCGUAUGGAACCUGACUAUACCGUUGAGCUCAUUAAAAUUGUGAUUCCCGAUGCAGUCUUCGAUGCAAAGCUGGAAGAGUUGGUUGGGGACAGUGGCAUGUCUUCCACCUAUGCCCUACAGCUUGCGGAUCUCAGCGUUCAAAAUAUCACCUCAAGCAUAAAUGCCCGUAGACUGUCUAUUCCUGUCGCCGCUGUGAGUGUCUGGAAAACAUGGGCUCUUUCCAACUGCGAAAGAAUUUUGAAAGUGGCAUUUACUCGGCGUGGAGUUGUCAGCAUUGAUGGAAAAUAUUUUCCAUUUGAGAAUUAG